CAUCAUCCCAAGUCGAGCCUGCAGACGACGCCAGCGUGAGGCAGCUCAAGGCACUCAAGGCUCGUUCUGCGCCCAAGCACAGCCAGCUCAGCUCAAGCGCGACGAGCAACACAGCCAGGGGUGCAGCCGCAGCCGAGUUCGCUCCACUUUCGCCUCACUCGCCUCAAGCAUGUCGCUCGAUCCACUGCAGCGUCUGCCCCUCGAGCUCUCUCUGCAUCUCUGUUCUUACCUCCCUCUCUCCACUCUCUCCUCCUUACAUCUCACCAGUUCAUCCUGGCACGCCUUCCUCGACGCCCACGCCGAGAUUCUCUAUCGCUUCUGCGCCUACGAGCUGCUCGCGCCGGCGCGUCAGGCAAGAUGGACGACGGGCAAUGGCAAGGGCAAGGCGCCGUUACGGGGCGAUGAGAGUCUGGAGACGCUGCUUGGCGCGAAGCAGAACGUGAGGCCAGAGUACUGGAACGUCGAGGGAUGGCGAGAGUUCUGCAAACGCAGCGUACAGCUCUCUCAGCAAUGGGCCUCUCCCACGCCCAUCAUCUCCUCCAAGCAUCUGCCCCUCUCUCAUCUCAUCUGGCGCUUCCGCAUCGACUUUUCCGCGCGUCUGCUCAUCUCCACCGCACAUCAAGGCGGGCUAUUUGUCCACGAUCUCGACGAUGCGACGCUGCUGUGGUCGCUGCCGAAAGAUCAGGUGGACGGUCAUGCGCACCUCGAGUAUGAUGAUGGCACGCUUGUGUAUGAUACGGGAGAGAGGAGCCUGAGAGCUUGGAGACGCGCGGAUUUGAUGGGCGUCAAGGAUGCAAAGAGAGGUCACUUCAUCCAGCUCGACAAGGACUUGACUCAUCCCGUGCGAACGCGAGGCUUUCAACUGCGCUACCCCACCCUCUGCGUCGUCUCGGACAUGGGCCAAGCCUUCAUCUGGGAUCUCUCCCUCUCCACGCCCAAGCUGCUCAGAACGCUUGAUAUCAUCCCGGGAGCAGUAGGACAUCUGGAGCAGAACGACACGCACGUCUUGUUCUCGCUCGGCCUGCAUGGCUAUCACUUCUACGCCGAGGACAGCGACGCGGACGAUGGGCGCAUGCUCAACCCUGCCGAUCUCGAGCUGAACGGCGCAAACAUCUUCCACGUCGAGCACCAGCGCGUCGACACGCCGGCAGCGCCCAUCAUUCCUGAUCGCGAGCGCAGCGGCAGCAGUGGAGGCAGCGACGGCAAUGCCUCGACGCUGAGUAGGGCAGACCAUGUGGUGCUGCGCGUGCGGCCGGGCCCGUAUCCCGAGGCAAAGCAGGGCGGCGAGAGGCGAAUGCAUCUGGAGGACGACGAGUGGGGAGCGGGGAUGAUUCGAGGAGCAGUGUUCGUCGGCGUCAGCAAAGGAGGAAGAGUGUUGGUAUGCACCGACUGGCCGGGCUACUUGGAUGGCAGCGCGCAGGCAGAUACUUGCGUGUCGAUCGUGGAGUGCCUGGAGCCUACAGAUGGGCUACAGGAUCUCGGCGGGUGGCUGACGAUGGGCGCUGGAAGGGCGGCGUUUGAGGUGCAUGAUCGAGUCUACAUCCUCCAGCUGCCCACACACGGGCUACUCGAUGCGUCAGACCGCCAGCCGGUACUGCAUGCGCUGCAGUCGAAUGCACACCCCAAAGUGCCGCUGCCGAUCUCCUUCAUGCAGCUAACCGAGGACUCGCUCCUGACAACGUACGCGUGGAUCCAAGUCGUGCGCGCACCGCACAUCCACAUCGAGGUGCAGAAGUCGGUGCGCAUCGCCAGCUGGGCGUACUUGGAGGGUCAGCAAGCUGGAUGGACGACUACGGGUAAUGAGAAGGAGGGAGAGGAGGAGGAGAAGGUCGCUAAGGCGGCGCUUUGGCUUGAGGUUGGAGAGGAGGAGAGCGAGGCGGAGGAUGAAUGAAUAAGAAUGGGUCACGCGCGAGUCGCAGAGCACCUGAGACGGACCCCUUCAGGCGCAGCUGUAGCUCGGGCGAGCACAUGUAUGCUACUUUGUACUUCCGCUGAGCGACCUCUUGAUUCUGC